AUGAUGCUACCAAAGCCAGUGUCGCCCCAAGGAAAAUGUCACCCCAAAGCCAAUGUCGCCCCUGAAGCUCUAUCAAAUUGUGGGUUUGUUCCUGCAAGUUUGUAUCAAGCUGAAUCACGAGCAUCAUUGGCAAAUGCUUUUGACGAUCUCGAUGUGUCCUCGCAAAAUGAUUCUUCUGCUGUGUUGUCUGAACACGAUCAAAAUAUUCUGGAAAAUAACUUGCAAAAUCAAUUUUACAUACAUCACAGUGCCAGGUGGGAGAUCUUCGCCAACAAAAAAGAGGAUGACCACUAUUACAGUGAUUUACGGGCUUACAUUUCUGUCCAGGAUUACAAUGAACAGGACAAAUGGUGA